AGGCGGGACAUCAACGAAGAGUGGAGAUCAAAGCCCUUUCGCAGCCUCUGCAGACUGCAGUCAGGAGCCGGAGACCAGCCUUUUCUACGGCACCUGAAACUGCUGGAUUGAGUAGCAGUCGGCUCUCCCCCAUCAGGAUACCUACGCAGAGCAAGUGUUGGCUAGACCUCUGCAACAUUAAAGCGGGCUGAGAUGGGGAGAGCCCCCUUUCUACACCCCCUCGUUUCCCUGCAGGGGCUGAACUCGGUGGCUCCCUUUUGAAAUCUCUCAGCACUGCACCUCUUUGGCCUUGACACGCAGCAGUGUACACUUCACUUCCAGUUUGACUCCGGAUCAAGGGGACAAGGGGAAAGGAGGAGAUGGCGACCCUGGAACCUGCUCAGAUUCAAGAGUCCCUGCCUUGUCUGAGAAGAAAGAGGGAAGAGGCUGGCAAGGAGGAAAGAAGAAUUGAGGAGCUGCUGAGGAGGACACAAGCCGAGAGGCAGAACGUGAUCCAGGAAUGGAAGGAGCUCUGUGGGUUUCUGGAAGAGCAGAAGCAGAUACUCUUGAUGUGGCUGGAAGGUCGGACGCAAGACAUUGUCUGGGGAAGGCAGGAGAGCCCUUCUGGAGGUUCUGUGGAGAUUCCCCAGCCCUGGAAGAAGGGUGGCAAGAAAGACCAGUUCCUGCAGACUGUCUCUUGCCCCAGUGGAAAAAGAGGUUCUGGAUUUCCAAACACAGAAGAUGGUUUCCUGGAGCUGGAGUGGAGACUCUGCCAUUUCUCUGAGAGAAAGACCAUCCUGGAGGAGGUGCUGAACAGCUUCAGAAAAUCACUGCAGCUGGAACUGGAGAAUCUCACAGACUCGAGAACAACCACUCCUUCUUGCUCAAGAGUGUUUCAUCCUGAACAACAUGGAAUAGAAGCAGAUGCACUGGAACUAGUUGAGGAGCUGCUGAUGUUUGAGAAUGUGGCUAUCCAUUUUACAGAGGGAGAGUGGGCCCUUCUGAACACCCCUCAGAGAGCUCUCUACAGGAAUGUCAUGCAAGAGAACUACAAGAAUGCAACCACCCUGGCCCUGGCCAUCACAAAACCCAGUGUAAUCUCUCAACUGGAACAAGCAGAUGGACCAUGGGCCGAGGAUGUGCAUAGUACUGAGGAAAAGACUGAGCACUUGGCUAUCACAAAACCUGAGACAGCCUCUCCGCUGAAACAAACUGAUGAGCUGUGGGUGAAGGAUCCAGGCAGUCUGGAGGAAGAGAACAGCAGCAAGCACCCUGAAGAUGUUGAGCCGGCGCGAGAGAACAAGGAGAGGAAUCUACAGCCUGAGAAUUUUAAGCUAGUGGGAUCGCAUUGGGUGUUGCUGAGAGAGGCUGAAGGGGUUGUCUCCCAACACCAUGGAAAGGAGGAAGCCACCGAGACUCAACUGGGAUCAGAAAAGCAACAGGAGAACCAUCUUGAGGAGGGAGGGCAAAACUCCACUAUUUUUAUGGGCAUGGCUAAGAACCUCGUCAGUUUGAGUACAGGGCAGGAGACCCACGAGGUGUGUUCUGUGUGUAGGAAGGGGUUCAAUAACAGAGCAAGCCUGGUCCGGCAUCAGAGAAUCCACACAGGAGAGAAGCCACACACUUGUACAGACUGUGGGAAAAGCUUCAACAAGAAGUCCAACCUUAUUACACAUCAGAGGAUCCACACAGGAGAGAAGCCAUAUAAGUGUGCGGAUUGUGGGAAAAGCUUCAGCCUGAGCUCAAGUCUUGUAAGGCACCAGAGAAUCCACACCGGGGAGAAGCCGUACCAGUGCUUGGUCUGCGAGAGAAGCUUCAAUCAGAAGCCCUCCCUCAUUGUGCACGAGAGAACCCACAGGAGGGAGAAGCCGCACAAGUGUUCGGUUUGUGAAAAAAGCUACAGCCACGUUACGAGCCUCAUUGCCCAUGAGAAGAUCCACCGAGAAGAGAAACCGUAUAAAUGCGCAGAUUGUGGGAAACGGUUCAGUUUCAGUUCGCAGCUGAUCACGCACCAGAGGAUUCACGCAGAAGAGAAGCCAUACAAGUGCUCCGUUUGCGAAAGGGGAUUCAGCCGACCGUCGAGUCUGAUUGUGCACGAGAGAAUCCACACUGGAGAGAAGCCAUAUAAAUGCACAGAUUGUGAGAAAAGCUUCCCCUCGAACUCGAGCUUGGUCAGACACCAGCUGACCCACACGGAAGAGAGACCAUUUAUGUGCGUAGAUUGUGGGAAAAGCUUUGGCCUGAACUCAGGUCUUCAAAGAAUCCACAUAGCGGGGAAACCAUCUCAGUGCACAGACUGUGAGAAACAAGUCAACUUACCUUCAAGGUGCAUUGCACAAGAGACUCCUUGUGUGGAGGAGAAAUCCUAUGACAGACUCGGCAGUGUUCAGCAUUAUAUUAAAACAGUAGAUCCUACAGUAAUACAAACUGAUAGCAGUGCCUUUGGACAAAGCACUCAGCCUGUUCAUUACCAAAUUAACUACAUUGGAUGGGAGUGAAGAACAGAGGUAGCUAAGGCACAAUCAGUCAGGAAGCACUCCUGUAUAAGCUUCAUUGAAAUGAUUAGGGACUCUGCAAGACAGUACUAUCUCAAUUUGUUUGCUUGUGCAAGAAACCUUCCCAGGAGCGUUGACCAUGGAAGGCCAGGUGUGUGUUCACAUAUCAUCCAGCUUUAAGUCGAAGUCCCCGCAAGCUAACGGGGAGCACUCCAUACACAAUUCAGGUUUUUCAAUACUCAUUGGAGCUUAGCCCAAUUUAUGUCUGGGGUAAAAAAAAUCCACUUUUUUGUGUUGUUUUUUUAGGCAAAUUCAGAAUAUCCGUAACUCACAUUACUUCACCCCUCAUAAUCCCACAGAUUUUGCUGUCUGGGAAAACUCCAGUGGAUUAUUCUCUAGAACAGGGUUUCUUAACCUUGGCCCCCAGAUGUUAUUGGACUACAACUCCCAUCAUCCCCAGACAUGGCCCUUGUGGCUGAGGAUGAUGGGAGUUGUAGUCUAACAACAUCUGGGGGCCCAAGGUUAAGAAAACCUGCUCUAGAACUUCACUUGAGGCAUCUUCAAAGUUCUCAUGGGACAAUAGAAAAAGGUCAGCCCCAUAUAUUUCCAUUCUGGGCCUCUUGUUAUAUCCUCUAAUUUUCAGGAAACCAUUCUUGGUAGGUGAAGAAAUUGUGGAGGGGGAUGUUUUCUCCUUGAAGAAAUUAGUCAUUUCAGUUUUGGAACUAAUAAAUGUUACAGGCUUAA